UGCACGUCGUCAUAGCAAUAGUGUGAGCGCACAGGAAGCUUCCUGCACCGGCACAGUGGGAAAGUAGCAAGAAGAGGAGAAGGAUGCUGCCUUUUAUCUCAUCACCAGUGAAAGGUGGUGGACUCCAUCAACUGACCUUGUCUGUCUUCUAGUGUUGCUGGCACCAUCGGGUGCUUCCUCCUCAACAUCUCCUCAAGCCGUCCUCCUCAACAUCCUCCUCAACAUCUCCUCAAGCCGUCCUCCUUGUCCCACACACAAGCUGAUACUCGCUUGAUGGAGCCACGUGGACGCGUGCUGCUGUGAGGGAGUGUGGAGCGUGUGGACAACAGCACUUACUUCACAAUCUGAACGCGGACACGGCGGUCCCUCAGCUCAGCUUCUUCAAGAUAACACCACCUAUUGACAGCUUGAACACAACCAAAGUUUCCCAGGAGACCUCCCUUCUGGACCAGGUCCUGGAACUGAUUAUGAACGAGAAGCCCCCGUCCACCAGUGCCAGUCUCUUCCUGAAUGAGGAGGCGGACAAACCCCCGGCGAGCGAGCGAGGACACCUGCGGAGGAGAGUGCGCGCCGCCAUGGAGAGGAGAGCCGGCGGCAUGAAGGCGAGGCUGAACGUCAUCAACAAGGAGAGCGUCAAAGGUUUCCUCAAAAGAAACCUCUUUGUUUUGGCGACGGUCGCCGCUGUGUUUCUGGGCAUUAUUGUGGGCUUCGCUCUGCGCUCCCGCAACUUGACCUUGAGAGAGAUCAAGUACUUUGCCUUUCCUGGGGAGAUGCUGAUGAGGAUGCUUCAGAUGAUAGUGAUGCCUCUCAUCGUCUCCAGUCUGGUCACAGGAAUGUCCUCCUUGGACAGCAAAGCGUCGGGUAAGAUGGGCCUGCGCGCUGUGGUCUACUACAUGGUGACCACCCUGAUCGCCGUCUUCAUCGGUAUCGUGGUGGUGAUCAUCAUCCAGCCGGGCAAAGGCAGCAUGGACAAACCGGUUGUCAAUGGUGGAAACGCCGAACAGAUCCAUGUUUUGGAUACGCUGCUGGAUCUCAUCAGGAACAUGUUCCCGCCCAAUCUUGUUGAGUCUUGUUUCAAACAGUACAAAACCUUGUACAAGAACGUGACCGUGAGAGUCACAAACGAUGUGCUCAAUACAUCGGACGCUAACGAGAACGUCAGCAGGCUGCUUCGUCCCAGCCAGGAGAAGCACGAAAUCGUGCCCGUGCCAGGGUCCUCAAGCGGUGUCAACGCUCUGGGCCUGGUGGUCUUCUCCACCUGCUUCGGUCUGGUCGUCGGCCACAUGAAGAAACAGGGCCAGCCCCUCAGGGACUUCUUUGACUGCCUCAACGAAGCCAUCAUGAAGCUGGUGGCCGUCAUCAUCUGGUACGCCCCAGUCGGCAUCCUCUUCCUGAUUGCCGGGAAGAUCGUGGAGAUGAAGAAUGUAGCAGAAAUGGGCCACCAGCUGGGCAUGUACACCCUGUCGGUCAUUGUUGGUCUCCUCAUCCACGGCGUCAUCGUCCUACCGCUGCUCUACUUCCUGGUGACCAGGAAGAACCCCUACAGCUUCAUCGGAGGACUACUGCAGGCUCUCAUCACCGCUCUGGGCACCUCCUCCAGCUCCGCCACUCUGCCCAUCACCUUCCGCUGCCUGGAGCAGAAUAUCCGCGUGGACAAACGGGUGACACGCUUCGUGCUGCCCGUGGGCGCAACCAUCAACAUGGACGGCACCGCCCUCUACGAAGCUGUGGCAGCCAUCUUUAUUGCCCAAGUCAAUGACAUGAACCUGAACUUUGGCCAAAUUCUCACCAUCAGUAUCACGGCAACCGCUGCCAGCAUCGGAGCAGCAGGCAUCCCCCAUGCUGGCCUGGUUACCAUGGUGAUUGUAUUGACAUCGGUGGGACUGCCCACGGAGGACAUAACGCUCAUCAUCGCAGUGGAUUGGCUACUGGACCGCCUGCGGACCACCGUCAACGUGCUGGGCGACUCACUCGGGGCGGGCGUCUUGGAGCACCUGUGUCGCGCAGAGCUGCAAAGUCAGGACGAGGAGGUGCGCAACUCGGUCAUCGAAGAGAACGAGAAGCCCUACCAGCUCAUCUGCCAGGAGAACGACGCGGUGCAAAACCACAACAGCGAAACCACCAUGUGACCGCCGAUUCGACGCACAUCCCAUAACGCUUCACUGUAAGCCGGGCGGUGGUGUUUUCACCCGGGGAAAUGAUGACGUCGCUUUUCUCUCACACCUUUUGUGCAGAUGGCUGCACUGCCCCAAAAAAUGGGAGAAAGGACAGGGAGAGCUGGCAAGUCAAAGUUCCACAGUAAGGAAAUGACUUUAAAACUUUUAAGGGAGUAUUAGGGCAGGACUGAUGAAGUGCUAAUGUACAAACCCCGUUUCCAUAUGAGUUGGGAAAUUGUGUUAGAUGUAAAUAU